UUUGAUUUCCUUCGCUAUUCUCUCUAAUUUAUCUUCUUCUCGGCUUCAUGAAGUUUUGAAUUGUAGCACGCUUCACGAGUGUGUCAUGGAUUCCGAAGAUAUCUUGCCUGACAAUGGGCUUGAUGAGAUUGCUCUUCAAAAUGGUGUCGAUAGGCAACUUCGAGUGUCUGGGGACGGUAGUAGUCUUUCAGAUAAUGUGGAUGGGAAUGUUGAGAAAACCUCCGAGACUUAUUUGCAGAAUGAAAUUGAUGAUAAUGGAAAAACUGGGGAAGGUAGAGAAGAAGUGAAUGACUUUUUGGAUAACAGUGGAUUGAUUGAUUCUAAGGAAGGGGAAGUUAAAGAUAAUGUGAGGCAAACCAAGCCUCAGAAGGUUCCAGGCAAGACCAAGAAUGAGAAACCCUCUGGUCCCAAAAAUGUUUCUUCAGCUUUAAUGAAGAAAAGUAAAGAUGGCAAAAGUGAAAAGGCGACUUCGACAGCUUCGAAUGGUGGUUCUCUUGCUACAAAUUCACGUCCGAAACAACCUCUUCAAAGUAGAUCAGUUAAUGAAAAACAAGGGAAUGCAUCCAAGCAUUAUGAGAAACCUGGGGCACCCUUCUCUGAAGGCACUAUGGAGAAACCCAAGCUGAAGCCUCUGAAGAAAGAGCCUAAUCAUAAAGCUGAAGGAGACACAGAGUCCUCAAGCCCCACUGCAGCUGAUGCCAAAACUCGUAGGGUUGGUACUCUUCCAGAUUAUGGUUUCAGUUUCAAGUGUGAUGAACGAGCUGAGAAAAGGAAAGAGUUCUACACUCAACUUGAGGAAAAAAUUCAUGCAAGGGAAGUAGAAAAGAGCAACUUGCAAGCAAAGUCCAAGGAAACUCAAGAAGCUGAGACUAAGAUGUUUAGGAAGACUUUGAACUUUAAAGCAAGUCCAAUGCCAAGCUUUUAUCAGGAACCUUCACCCCCUAAGGUGGAAUUAAAGAAGAUACCAACAACAAGACCUAAUUCUCCAAAGCUUGGUCGGAAAAAAAACUCAAUUCCGUUGGACUCUGAUGAUACCGACAAUAGAAGUCACCAAUCAGGUAGGCUAAGUCUAGAUGAGAAAGCAUCUCAGAGCAUCUCUGCGAAAGUAAUUUCUCAUGUCCCUGCAAAGAAGCCACUGCGUAAAUCCCUUCCCAAACUGCCUUCUCAGAAUACUAGUUUAUCCAGUGCAAAAAAUGGGCAAAAAGCAUCAAAGGCAACUGCAUUGAAGGCAACUACUGCAGGGAAGAUAGCCUCAUCUAAAGCAUCAAGUGAGGAGAAUCUGACAUUAUCUGAUGUGACAAAUGAAGAGUUAUCUCCAAUCCAACCGCAUGAGGCAGUUCCUACAACUGAUUCAGGCGAAAGUAAGCUCGACCUUAACCAAGAACCAGUGUUUGGAGAGCAAGAACCGCCGGACAUUGCACAGGAGCCAAUUGCACUGGAGUAUUAAAGUCUUUCAUGGCGAUGGCUUUUUACUUUUUAAGUGGAUGUUCAUAUACAAAGCUCGACUGCAUUUUGCCUAAAUAAGGACGUCUAAGACUGAAUUAUUCGACGAUCAAGGUAUGGAAAACUCUACAUUAUGGCUUAUGAUGAUGUCUUCUCCAUUCCUGUUUGCAGCACUCUUAUGUGGAUCUUUUACCAAAUUGACAUAAUUUAUGUGGUUUAAGGAUUGGCUUAUUUAAUAGAUUUUGU